AUGGCGGUGGACCUGAUGUCCUGCGGCGGCGGGGCGGGGGCGUACGAGCAGCUGGCGUUCCAGGAGGCGGCCGCGGCGGGGCUGCGCAGCCUGGAGCUGCUGGCUUCCUCGCUGUCGUCCCCGUGCGCCGCGGGGCGGACGGAGUCGCCGCCGCUCGGGCAGAUCGCCGACCAGGCGGUGUCCCGGUUCCGCCGCGUCAUCAACCUGCUGGACCGCACGGGGCACGCCCGGUUCCGCCGCGCGCCCGUCGCCGCGGUGGUGGAGCCGAUGGAGACGGAGACGAUGCUCCAGGCCGCGUCGCAGGCGGCGGCGGAGCAACCGCCUCAGAAGAAGGCCCUGCUGGCGCUGGACUUCACCAAGCCGGUCCCGGUCCCGGUCCCGGUCCCGGCGGUGGCGGCGACCAAGGCGGCAGCGCCGGCCGUGUCCGGGACCUCGACCUCGUUCCUGUCGUCCGUGACCGCGGGCGGCGGCGAAGGGAGCGUGUCCAAGGGGUGCAGCCUCGCCGUGUCCUCCGGCAAGCCUCCCCUCCCGAAGCGCAAGCUCCCGUGCCCCACCUCCGUUCCCGAGCAGGCGCACCACCAGCACCAGCACCAGCACCCCGCCGAGUCCUGCGGCGCCGGCGGGCGUUGCCACUGCUCGAAGAAGAAGCGGAGCCGGCAGGGCCUGUCCCGGCGCACGGUGCGCGUGCCCGAGGCCACGGCCGCAGCGCCGGGGUCCCACGUGCCGGCGUCGUCGGACAUCCCCGCCGACGACUACUCUUGGCGCAAGUACGGGCAGAAGCCCAUCAAGGGGUCCCCUUACCCGCGCGGCUACUACCGCUGCAGCAGCGUCAAGGGCUGCCCCGCGCGGAAGCACGUGGAGCGCGCCGCCGACGACCCGGCCAUGCUCGUCGUCACCUACGAGGGCGACCACCGCCACGACGCCGCCGCCGGCGCCUUCCGCUCCCGCGCGGCCUGA